GGAAGGUCAAUGAGGAGGCGUUUGAGAUUAUGGAUUGGGCUGUUAAGGAAGCGAGGAGGGCGGAAAUCAGGAUAUUUGCGCCAUUUACUGACAACUACGACUACUACCAUGGAGGAAAGUUCGUGUUUUUGAGGUGGAGGGGGAUUGAUGUGCCGAGCCAGAACCUUGAUGAAAGGGUCCAGCAGUUCUACACAAACAGAACUAUCAUCGAGGACUUCAAGAACUAUAUCAAAAUCAUCUUGACUCACCGUAAUCAAUUCACUAACCUCACUUACGCUCAAGACCCAACAAUCUUCGCCUACGAGACUGGCAACGAGCUCGGCGGCCCCGUUUUUGGAGACAAGAAUGUGCCCGCGGAAUGGACACAGGAAAUAACUAACUACAUCAAACAGAUUGCACCGAAAAAGCUCACUGUUGACGGGACGUACGGCAUCAACGAGAGUCACUUGAACAUUAGCAGCGUCGACAUCUAUUCGGAUCACUUCUAUCCCAUGGAUGUGGAUAAGCUGUCGAAAGGCGUUGCGGCCGUUGAGAAGGCGGAGAAAGUGUACUUCGCUGCUGAGUAUGGAUGGACGCCAGAGUCGCAGACGAAGACGAAGAUGGACGAGUUUUUCAAGUGGAUCGAAGAUCGAAAUGGAGAGAACAGCACGAGCCCGGUCGUGGUCGGGGAUCACUUCUGGAGUUUGUUCGGCCGUAACGUGCCAGACUGUUCAUCCUUUGUCGAGCACAGUGAUGGCUUCACGCUGCAUUACGACGAUCCGAAGAACCCAGCAAACUACACCGAGCAGAUUGUCAAAAUCCGUCAGCAUCUGUUCAAGAUGCAGGGUAAGGAGGUAGGACAAGAUAUGCCUUCGGUGCCUUGUCCGGAGCAGUAGAAGAGAUCCGGGGUCGGUGGCAGAAAAUUGUCCGAAGAAAAUGAAUGCUCCCUAGCU